UAUUGAAUUAAUUGAAUUUAUUAAACAGCUGUUGUAGCUUAAUACCUAUCGAACCAACAGCUGUGUCAAGCAAACGAGUUGGCAGCCCAGCCUAAGUCAGUGUUUAUUCGGAUCGCGACUCAAAAACAACUUGCGAUUGGAAUCGAAGUUUGAAAUGUUCGUCGCAGCUAACAAUACUCAUAUAUGAUAGACCAAAUAGUUAUUUGACCAAAUCGGCUUAACUCCACUGUGCUAGGGUAUCAAAUGGACCUCUGGGCUUUUGCUUCGGUUUUUCCCUUCAAAAGAACAAAACAACUGAACCAACACCAACUAAAGUGAACUGAAAGUAUCUAAUUGUGCAAUUGUUUGUUUAAAGUGCAAGUGAACGCGAUACUCUAAUAAAACUAUUCGGAUCAGUGGUACAAAUCAGAAACCGCAUCUCUCGUAAUUAGCCUGAUGAAUCCAGCGCAAAGUAGGUCGGCUGUCAAAGGGAUUUCAGUGAAACUACAAUCACCGCCGACAUUUUAGUCCUGCAAGCCACUACUUUAUCCCCAAAGUCAUAGAAGUCGGCGCAUUAAGUUGGCCUGGCCAAAAGCCACAAGCACCAAAGGCAGCUGGCCAACGGGGACGAGCAGAGUGGCACAAUAGACAAAGUGUAUCAAUUAUAAUACGGGCACAAGGCGAAGGAUCCCCAGCCGGGGGCCAAAGGAAGGGGAGCCGGUAUCCAGUAGCCAGUAGCCAGGAGCCGGAAAACAGAGUCCAGGAGUUGAAGCUAACACAAAGAGAAAAGGGAAUAAAGAGUCAACCACACUCACAGAGCCAUGUUGGCUACGACAAGUACAACCACAAUUACCUCGGAUCCGGGCAUCCUCUGUUUUCAUCACUGCAACGUGAAAGUUUUCUGCUUCACUUUGCCGCACACUUGUCCCCAUUGCAAUGCCCCACUGGACGCGGAUGUGAAUGCGGAUACGGAUGGGGAUGCAGAUGUGGAUGCGGAUCCGAGUGCGCAACUAGACAGGGCCAUGCCACGCCACCUCCUACUGCCCUUCCGCCUGCCAUAUCCUUUUGUGCGGGCCACGCAGCAUCCGUGCGCCAUUGUCCUGCGUCCCUCCGCCGGCGAUUUCCUCAACGAUUACAGCAACGCCACCGAUUUGCAUAUCGCAGUGACCACAUCCGGCGGCGACAUCGUGGAGUUCGAUCGCUUUGGCCUGCGCCGCCAUCGGCGGGAUGAUAAUCCUCCGGAGUGGCGUCAGUCGCUGAUGGUGGGCGAUGUGCCGGAGCCGUGGCACGAUUUCUGGGACGAGGUCCUGCAGCAGAUCUGCGCCCAAUCGGUGCGGUGGUCCAUUGCCAGCUAUGCGGAGGAGAGCCACAACUGCUACGCCUUCGUCCUGGCCUUCCUGCAGGCCCUCGGCCACGCCCACCUGAGCGAGGCCGCCCGCAGCAAGACCGCCUUCUGCGAGCAGUGCAUCGUUCCAAGGACGACGACGGCGGGCAAGUACAUCUCGCUGUAUCGCAAAAUCCGCAGGAGCGGCAUCUACGUCCAUCGCCAGCAGGCCAAAAACCGCAGUAAGCCAGCAUCCGCAACAACUCCUCUAAGUUCCUACGCCGCGGAUUCGUGCGAUGGCCUUGGCAGCAGCAAAAAGGUCUCAAAGAAAGGAUACUCCAGCAGCAGUAUUACAGGACUUGCCACACGCCCACGACCCACGCUCUGCACCAUCGAAGAGUAAUUAAUCUAUUAGAGCGAAAUUGUGUAUGCAACUUUACGAAGACUUAAUCGUAGUUAAAUUUAAUAAAUGAAUAACAACAGUUGUACCUUAAAUUUCAAUUAAAAA